AUGGAUCAUCUAACGAGCACUACUAGCGCCAGCAGCGGCGCCACCGUGUGGCUCGCCGCCGCAGCUCUCCUGCUGACCACGGCCGCGCUGACAGCGCUGCAGCGGCAGAGGAAGACGAGGAGCAGCAGCAGCAGCAACGCCGGCGCGGCCGCGGUCGCGGCGGCGCCACCGGUGCUGCGCGGGGCCGCUCUCGUGCGGUUCGCGCGCGCCGUGGCGAGGGACGGGCCGCUGGAGGCGAUGCGCGAGCAGCAGGACAAGCUGGGCAGCGUGUUCACGGCGAGCCUGCUUGGGCUGCUCAAGGUGACCUUCCUCGUCGGGCCGGAGGUGUCGAGCCACUUCUACCUGGCGCCGGACUCGGAGAUAAGCCAGGGCAACCUCUACGAGUUCACCGUGCCCAUCUUCGGUCCUGACGUCGCCUACGCCGUCGACCUGCACACCCGGAAUGAGCAGACGCGCUUCUACUGGGACGUCCUCAAGCCUCGCAGCAUGAAGGCCAACGUGGCCGCCAUGGCCGAGGAGGUCGAGAACUACUUCUGGAGAUGGGGAGACGAGGGGACGGUGGAUCUAAAGCAGGAGUUGGAGCAGGUGCUGAUGCUGAUCGCGGGCCGGUGCCUGCUGGGAAGGGAGGUGCGGGAGAGGAUGCUCGGCGAGGUGUUCGAUCUCUACCGUGAUCUUGACAACGGCACGCGGCUGAUCAGCACGCUGCUCCCCUACCUCCCGACCCCGGCGCACCGCCGCCGCGACAGGGCGCACAGGAGGCUCAGGGACAUAUUCACGGAGGCGGUCAGGUCACGCAGGAACUCCGGCCGCGACGGCAGCACCGACGACGACGUGCUGCAGCGCUUCAUCGACUCCAGGUACAAGAUCGACGGGCGCCCGAUGACGGACGCGGAGAUCGUCGGCCUGCUCAUCGCGCUCGUGUUCGCCGGGAAGCACACGAGCGCUGGCACGAGCACCUGGAUCGGCGCCCACCUGCUCUCCGACUCCAACCAGAAGCACCUCGCCGCCGCCGUCGACGAGCAGGACCAGCUGACGGCGGCGGCGCGCCGUGACGACGGAGCCGGCCAACACCGACCUCGUGGCGGCGUCGACCACGACGCCAUCCAGCAGAUGACCGCCCUGCACCGCUGCAUCAAGGAGGUGCUCCGGCUGCACCCGCCGGUGGUGGCGAUGGUCCGCCAAGCCCGCAGCGACUUCACCGUGCAGACCAGGGAAGGCGAGAAGUACACCAUCCCGGCGGGGCACACGGUGAUGAGCACCAUCCUGGUGAACCACCACCUGCCCCACAUCUACAGGGACCCCCACGCGUUCGACCCCCAGCGGUUCGCGCCCGGCAGGGAGGAAGACAAGGCCGCCGGCCCCUUCUCCUUCCUCUCCUUCAGUGCCGGGAGGCACGCGUGCGCCGGCGAGUCCUUCGCCUACACGCAGAUCAAGGUGAUAUGGAGCCAUCUGCUCAGGAACUUCGAGCUCAAGAUGGUGUCGCCUUUCCCCGGGACGAACUGGAGCGCGGUGGUUCCGGAGCCCAAGGGAAAGGUGAUCGUUAGCUACAGGAGACGCGCCAAUAAUACUGGAGCAGGUCAGUAAAUUAGGGCAAUGCACGACGAAGCAACCAUGGCACGUAGCUAGUUAAUAAGCUAGUGCAAGCACGUACGAUGGUUGAAGCAACCGCUUUUCUAUACCUGCUAAAUAAGAGUGUGUACUACAAAUAGGUGGAGCAACUGUUGUUUAUGAGACGUACUCUCCAUUAUGUGUAAGCAGUGCCCUUUGUUUGGAGAGUUGGAGGAUGGCUUGCAGCU